AAGUGCCCGCCCAUUGUUUCGAUAGAUCGUGAGUAGUGCUACCACUUUAUCUCUCGCUUGCAAUGUCCUUUGAUAUUGACGACGAUGAAGACCAGAACAUUACUUAUGCAUAUUAUUCAUCAGAGACCCUUCAGAUGCUCCCUUUCAUGAAGUUUCUAGUCGAGGUUAUAAACAGCUGCAUGUCGGCAAGGAAAAAUAGUAACAGCAAAGUUGGAGUUUACCAUUGGUUGUAAUAGUAGAAGUGCCAGACUAGAUAUUAGUUGUAGGAGAGUAAAAGAAAUAGUUUUGCUACGUCGUCGGUAGGUAGAGUAGAGCCGGAUUACAUAUAGAUAUUGAGGGGGGAAGGGACAAAGGCCCAGUAAUAUAUCCUGUUUCAAAUGUAAGCUUGUAACACUUGAGAUAUCAAACAAAGGUUCAUACUAGUAGUAGCCGUUUGUGUUACGUGUGCAUAUCAAGAAAGCACAUCUCUUUAGGAGAGGGAGAAUCCUGGUCCUUUGUCUGAUGCCUAGUAGCUAGCUCAAGCAGGGCGCUCAUUUGGGAUGAAAUGAGCAGAUCUGUAGUAGUGAAUUUCUAAGAACAAAGUAUAGUACAGUACAUAGUUAUGGGGUUUUGUUUCAGUAUGUAAUUAUUUCGUCAAAACCGAUGAGAAUUCCCCAGCACAACCAGCACAGGCGUUGAUCCUAUGCUUAAGCGUGCAUGCAAAAACUCGGGAAAGGAAGCUGUGAUGGAGAGCAAAGAAGAGAUACCAAACUGCUGCCCCCUCCGGUUACUUUUACUUCCCUCGGCAACCUCCAUUCAUUCCCUUGAUGCCACUCCAUCCUCUCCUAUAUUAACCCGAUACUGGCACAAUUAAAUUAGCCAGCCAGUACACGUACAUCAGCUAGCUACCAAGUGCCCACCCAUUGUUUCGAUAGAUCGUGAGUGGCAAUGCUGUUCGAUAUUGACGACGACGAAGACCAGAACAUUCCUUAUGCAUACUAUUCACCAGAGACCCUUGAGCAGGACACCGUCCAAAACGUGUUGCUGGUGCCGCACACAGCAACGAACACGGCGCCACUGCAGGUGAACAGGCAGCAGGUGAUGCUGGAGCUCAUCGAUGCAUCUUCCACCGGCGAACGCUUGGGGCUGGACCUCGUGGCUGUCCUGGACGUGAGUGAAAGCAUGGACUUUCGGCUUGGCAAGAUGAAGACCGCCAUGCAGUUCGUCAUCAAGAAGCUCAGCCCCAUGGACCGCCUCUCCAUCGUCACAUUCUCCGACGUCGCCAAGAGGCUGUGCCCGCUGCGUUCCGUGACCCAGGUUUCCCAGGCACACCUGAUGGAUCUAGUCGACGGCCUAACAGUGACAGCCAGCGGCGGCAGAACCUCCUACAUACAAGCCGGCCUCGAGACUGGCCGCAAAGUCCUCAACGACCGCUGCAUCGCCGGCGGCCGCGUGGCCAGUAUCUUUCUAUUGUCCGGUGGGGACCAGAACAAAGGCGAUGCUACGAUUGUUGAUGUCAGCGAUGUGGCGGUCUACACGUUUGGUUUUGGUGCCGACUACGACCCCAAGGUGCUGCACGAGAUCGCAAGGAAGAGCAAAGGAGGAACGUUCAGUUUCGUAGACGACGGGCAGAGCAUUAGCGAGCCGUUGUCGCAGAUCGUGGGUGGCCUCCUCAGCAUCGUCGUCCAGGACCUGAAGCUCACCGUGUCCCCACUGCCAGGCGACUCCGCCAUAGAGAAGGUGAACGCCGGUCUCUACCUGCAGACCAGGGACGCCAACACCGGCUCGGUAACCGUCAGCUUCGGCGAUCUCUUCGCCACAGAAGUACGCAGGAUUAUCGUCGACGUCCUCCUCCCUACCGUCCGCAAGGGGAAGAAGGUGACUGCCAUCAUCGCCUAUUGCACAUAUAGUAUCAAAGGGAAACCCUUCUUCUCCCAUCAAGUUACGGUCACUAUACGCCGCACCGGAUCAGCAGGUGGCCCAAACGGCGCCAUGAUCAAUUCGGAGGCCGUGAGAACCGAGCAAGUCCGUGAGCGCUACAUAGAGAACUUACAGCAGGCCUUAGAGUUGACCGAGGCCUACCAGCUAGACAAGCUGGUGGAGGCCAGGAACGACCUUCAACUCGAGCAGUCCAACUCCAUGAUUGACAUCCUCAGGGCCCAGCUGGAUAAGCUCCUCGAGCUGAUCAGCUUGGGGAUGGGGUUCAAUGCUCUCCGCGCCUGCCUGCUGUCGAUGACCAUGUUGCAUGGCCGCCAGCGAGUCGCGGAGACAGGCCACGUCAAGGGCGACAGGCUCUACGUGACGCAGUUCACGGACAUGUCCCGGAAGCAAGCCGGAGAUCAUGAGAAGGACCCCAUCAAGGUGCCGCCGCCGGCCUCUCAGGACGUCGAGCAGGCCAAGAUAGUAAGAGAUCAGCAGGGCAUCAAAAGGCCACCGCCUCCGGCCGUGGUGGAGAUGAGGACCUGGAGGACCUGGUGUGGGCAUUGGGAAUCACGUCACGAGAGCUCCAGGCGGGCGUGGGCGAUGGUGAUCCUGUGCACGCUUCUCGCUGUCGGCGUCCUUGUGACCGGCGUCGCGCUGUUCGCCGUGUACCUCGUCUACAAACCCAAGAUGCCCUACCUGGUGGUUUCCGACGCGCAGCUGGGGGCGCUUCAGUACGCCCAGCUGGACGGCACCAUCCAGUACCUUCAACUGCCCAUCGCCAUCCUGGCCGAGAACAAAAACUCCAAGGCGGGUGUCACUUUCUCCCGCGUCGACUUCGCCCUGCAGUUCCACGGAGUCGACGUGGCUCUCCUGCGGACGCCGGCACCGUUCCUGGUGGCGCCGGAGAGCUCCCUGCCGCUUCAGUACAACGUGGUGUCGGCGGGACGGACGCUGGACUCGGCCGGGAUGCGGUCCAUGGAUGAGUCGCUCACCGCCGGCGUGGUGUCGUUCGACCUGCACGGCAAGGCGCGCACGCGCUGGAAGGUGGGCAUCUUCCUCAAGGUUCACUUCUGGACACGCAUCUCGUGCCGUCUACACUUCUUCUUCCCCGGCAACGGCACCGUCAUGCCCGCCGAUGUCCGCAGAUGCCGUUCCAGGUCGCCGUAGCAGUCAGUGCUGCUCCUCCUCCUGCAUCAAACAAAACACAUAUACAUAGCCAUGCAUGCUUGUACAUACAUACAUACAUAUAUGGAAGUCGCAGCUGCAAGAGCUCAGUCAAUUUAGCACGCAUAAAAUAUAUUUGUAAUUCAAUUUUACUAGUCAUCAACCCAUGCAUCAGCAAGGGCUAGCAAACCAUGUAUAUAUGCUUUAAAUUUAUG